AUGGCCCAGAGCGUGGUCUACGCCGAUCUGAAGUUUGCUGCGGGCCCCUCAUCUGCCAUCCCAGAUGAGGAUGACAGCCCCUAUGAGAAUGUGCCACUGGGGCCAGUGACAGCAGCGCCCAGCCCAGGGCCCUGGCCCCGGCGAUGGCACAUCCCCGCAGGGCUGUUGGCAGCCAGCCUGAUGCUGAUGCUGCUGCUGGUGGUGGCCGUCGUGGCCCUGGGGACUUGCUACUGGCAAGUCACUCGCAGCCUGCAGGAUGCCUCCCGUGAGCACACGGCCGAGCAGGGCCGCCUGUCACAGGAGCUGAGUGUCCUGGGGAAGAUGAAGAAGGAGAUGCAGGAGGUGCAGGGGAAGCUCAACAACAGUGAAAGCACUGUGAGCAGCCUGCUUGCCUGUGUGAAUACAGAUUGCUGCCCCUCAGGCUGGGUGCUCUACAGAAGCAAGUGUCUCUUCAUCUCAGCGCAGCACUUGUCCUGGAAGAUGAGCUAUGAGGACUGCGCAAGGAAAUCUGCUCAACUGCUGGCCCCAGACAAAUGGAGACCACUGGUGCCGCAUUUUGUGCAAGAAUCUGCUUCAAGGUACUGGAUUGAAGCACAGCUUGCUUCUGAUGAAGAGAUUUCUCUACGGGCAGAUGGCAGAUACAG